AUGAGGAUGAAGAGGCUGGUUUUGGUGCUGACAUGCCUGUGGGCGUCGCCACCUUGCCUCGCCCAGGUGCGCAGCCCCAUGCCGGUGUUGUGGGUGAUGCCGGUUGCCACGGUGAUGCCGGGAGAGCAGAACGUGACGGCGGCAUUAGCGCCGGCGGUGUCGAUAGCGUUGGAAGACCUCCGGGGACGGGGGGGGCCCCAGAUGCACCUGCAGCUGCUGGACUCACAGUGUGACAGCGCCACAGCUCUGAAGGGUAUCUUCGACGCCAUGUGGGAGGAGCCUGGUCACAUGAUCAUCUUUGGAGGGGUGUGUCCCCAGGUGACAGCGCUGCUGGCUCAGUCUCUGCACGCCCUCGACAUGGUGCAGCUGUCCUUCACGGCGCUGCCGGCCGGGCCCCCCGCCCAGCGGCGCCCCCCCGGCCUGUUCAGCACCGUGCCGUCUGAAGCCGUCUUCAACGCGGCGCUGGUCCGGCUCCUCCAGCACUACAGGUGGACCCGGGUGGGGCUCCUCACCCAGGAGGGGGCCCGCCUCUCCCAGAUGAGGCAGAACCUGGUCCACCAGCUGAUGAAGGCCGAUGUCCAGAUGGUGGAAGCCCAGAGCGUGGGUGAAGACCCCUGCCUCAAGCUCCAGAAACUGAAGGACCGCGGCGUGAGGGUCCUAGUGGCCCAGGUGGACGAGGGGCCAGGCUCCAGGGUCCUGUGCUGUGCGUACCGGCUGAACCUCUUCGGGUCCGGGUACCAGUGGCUCCUGGCCAGCGGCCCGGGCCCCGUGUGGACGCUGGACCCGGAGGUGUCUGGCUGCUCGCUGUACGCGCUCCACGCGGUUCUGGAAGGUUCCAUCCGGCUCAGCCUGCGGCCGCUCGGCAACUCAGGCCUCAGAGGCGUCUCUGGCAGGACCCCGGCGGAGUACGAGCAGGCGUACCGGUCAGAGAUCCGCCAGCAGGGGGCGCCAGACGCUUAUCUCCACGGCUACGCGUACGACGGAGUCUGGGUCCUUGCCAGAGCCGUGAGCCUCCUCACGGAGCAGUUCAGACACCGGAAGCGGCACAGCCCCGACCGGAACCUCUCCAUCAACCAGGCGCAGACGGCAGACAUGCUGCUCGCUGCUUUAAAGCAGACCCAGUUCGAGGGAGUCACCGGACCGGUCUGGUUCCACAACGGAGAGCGUGUGGCGUCCAUCGAGCUGAGGCAGUUCCAAGGUGCUUCACCUGUACUCGUGGGUCAGUACAACACCUUCACACAGGAGCUACGACUUUUUCCGGACCACCUGAGGUUUCCAGGCUCCGGUCCAGCUCCGGAUGGAUCCGGGGUCCGUCUGGAGUGCGGGAGCGUCGGUCGGGUUCUCUACGCCGUCGUCACCUCCGCUGCCGCCCUCCUCUUCAUCACCACCCUCAUCUUCCUCCUCCGCAGCUUGUCAGACUGCACACGCUAUCGGAGCCCGAGGGGCUGCGGCCGACCCCUGGACCCCCUCCUCCUCCUGGGCAUGAUGCUGGCCCUGUCCUGGGUGCCCCUGGCCGGGCUGGACGAGGCCCUGGCGCCCGCCUGGUGGUGGGACCCGCUCUGCUCUCGACACAGUGGGGUCCCACUGGUGACACAGUGGGUUCCCACUGGUGACCGCAGCGACACAGUCCGCCUGUGGGUGCUGACUCUGGGUCACUGCGUGGCGUUGGGCGUUCUGACCACCAGGAGUCUGAACAUCUACAGACACCUCCUCCCCCGGCCGGGCGCCGGGACACUGAGCAGUGCAGAAGAGGAGCAGGACGGUGUCAGCGCAGACACAGACUGCUGCGUCAGCUCCAACAUGGACCUGUGGAUCACCGCCCUCUAUGCUUACAAGGGCCCUCUGCUGGGUCUGGCCUGUUUCCUCGCCGGCUCCCUCAGAAGCAGGACGGACGUCACGCGGGCAGUGACCCGUGAGGGCCACCGGGUGGCGCUGAGCGUGUUCGCGGUGGCGGCGAGCAGCAGCCUGGGGGCGCUGGGGGGGGCGGAGCCUCGCGGUGAGGUGUCCUGCAGUGUUCCUCCAGCAGAGGGCGCCACUCAACGAAGCGCGCCAGAGAGCCAGGAGGGCGGGGUGCAGCGACUGACCACGGAGAACCAGGAGCUCAGGAGAAGAAGAAGACAGCUCAUGAUAGUGAUGAUGAAGACGAUUAUGAUGGUGGUGGAGCUGAUGAUGCUUGUGAUGGUGAGGAAGAUGAUGAUGGUUUAUGAAGAAGGUUUCCUCUCUCUGCAGCUGGACGGAGAGAUAGAUGCCAUCACCACGGAGACUGACUCCACCCCCCCACCGGACCAACAGAUCUCAGACCACAUAGGCCACGCCCCCGGACGGGACCCCGCGCUGCGUCCGCCCGCUCCGUCCGGGGGGGGCUGCGUCCAGAGGUCCAGCACGGUGGCUCAGAUCAGCUGCCACAGCCCCCCCGACCCACCGGGACCCCAGGGGGGCUGCGGAGGGGACGGGGUCAACACCCCGGAACGCCUCAGGAGGAGGAUGUCCGUCCAGCUGCCCAUCCUGCACCACGCCUACCACCCCGUCGUCGGGGGUGUGGCCAGCAGUCACUCCAGUCAGCUGGAGACCCCCGAGGCCCCGCCCCCCCACCACUACACACCCCCCGCCGCCGUUAGCCAGGUGUAA